AAAAUAGCAAAAGAACUUCGAAAGUAUCAUCGUUCAAGUAUAAUUAAACUUUAUAUUAUGAAUAAUAUGGAUCAAGAAAAGAGCAUAGAAAGAAUAAAGCGAGGAGAAAUAAUUAUAGCUACGAAUCUAGCAGGACGUGGUACCGAUAUAAAAACGGAUGAAAUUGAAAAAUACGGUGGUCUUCAUAUCAUUAUUACAUUUAUGCCCCGUAAUAGACGCGUUGAAGAACAAGCAUUUGGUAGAACUGCGCGACAAGGUAAACGAGGUACAGGUCAAAGAAUAUUAAAUAGAGAAGAUUUAUUGUAUUAUAAAGAUUGUGACGUUGAGAAAAUCAUUCAAUCAAGAGAUUUAAUAGAAGAAAAAAUGUUAGAGCAUUUUAAAAAACAAGAAUUACAAGUAAUUGAUUUAAAAGAUAAUCUUUUUUGUAAAUUUUUCAAAUUAUUAAAAGAUAUACGUACAAAAAUUAGAGAAAAAACGAUCAUUCCGACAAAAUUAAAGGAGAAUGUAAAAAGAAAAUUCGGGUAUGAUCAUCCUUCUCUAUUGGAAUCCAAUAUAAUUCUUAGCAUUGAAGAACGAUGGGCUAUUUUUCUAAAUAAAAUUAAUACUAAAGAAUCUUUGAUUGAUAUUAAAAAAAUUUAUCAAGAUUAUGAAAAAUUUUAA